AUGUGCAAACAUGGCCGCAAUAUCUGGCUGUCUCAUUGUGACUUGCCUGAGGCGGCGGCAUUGGCUGUAUGUGACAAUAAUGAAGGGAAUGUAUUAGACCAAGUGAAUCCGGAGGCAGCCAUCAAAUGGCUAGUGUUCGACAAUGAUGACCCGUCGUUUCAUAAUAAAUGUUUCUUUCUUUUUUUUCUUUCUUUCUCGAUUUGUUCAUUGUCGUCUGCUUUCUCUAUAAUUUGCAGUUACUCGAAUUUCUUGACGCUAACCCCUUUCUCUUCGCCAUUCUAUAUCAGUAUAGGUUUGGCUUCACGGCCAUUUCUAUGCCUAACGGGCGCUGAACAGGCCGAGAGAGACAUUUCGCAUUUUCAAACGACACCAUUUUUGAACGUCGCCAUAAUGUCGCCGUUCGAUACUUUCCUCUUCGAAAUUAAUCACUGUCGCUCAUCUCUCUCUCUAUCUAUAUCAUCAUCUGUUCAUAUCUAUCUAUCUAUCUAUCUAUCUAUUCAGAUCUAUCUAUCUAUUCAGAUCUAUCUAUCUAUUUCGGUCUGUUCAUAUCUAUCUACCUAUCUAUCUAUCUAUCUAUCUCGGUCUGUUCAUAUCUAUCUAUCUAUCUAUCUAUUUAGGUCUGUUCAUAUCUAUCUAUCUAUCUAUUUAGGUCUGUUCAUAUCUAUCUAUCUAUCUAUCUAUCUCUGUUCUAUUUCUAUCUAUUCAUUUCUAUCUGUUCUAUCUAUCUAUUUAUCUAUCUAUCUAUUUAGGUCUAUCUAUCUAUCUAUCUAUCUAUCUAAUCAUCUAUUCAGAUCUAUCUAUCUAUCUAUCUAUCUAUCUAAUCAUCUAUUCAGAUCUAUCUAUCUAUCUAUCUAUCUAAUCAUCUAUUCAGAUCUAUCUAUCUAUCUAUCUAAUCAUCUAUUCAGAUCUAUCUAUCUAUCUAUCUAUCUAUCUAUCUAUCUAAAUUCACACACAAUAGAACCUGAACUACUCAUUUACCGCCCUUUCCUUUCCGCCUCCUUCUUUCUUUGGCUCGCUGUCUUCUUGCUGCCCAUACAGAGCAAAGAGCAGCGCGCGUCCAAUGAUUGUCUACUCGCCAGACGAGGACGUCGACGACGCCCGAUCACCGAUGUAUUUCAUUAG